AUGUACUCUGUGCACAAAGCCAUUAACCAAUUUGGGACACUUGCUAAUCUUGGCAAUACUGUACUGCUGUCAAUCAUCAAAUUUGACAUUAUAUUCAUAGCAAGAAAAAAUAUUGCUGUUCGUUUUUCUCAAUCUUCACAAAUAAGAGAAAUGUCUCUUAAGUUCAGCGCCGCCCUUAAAGAGUUGAGGAUUCACCUCUGCCAGACUGGCAAGCAAUCGCAGGGCGUUAGAGAUUUUAUAAAAAACAAUUAUGUGGCACUCAAGAAAGAAAAUCCUAACAUCCCAAUAUUGAUCCGUGAAUGUAGCGGAGUUCAACCGCGUCUCUGGGCUCGUUAUGAGAAAGGUGUUGAAAAAAGUGCACCACUAACCGACCUCACCUCCAACAACGUCAUGGCAGCUGUUAAACAACUAGCAAAUUGA